CAAGACGCACGUCACAAUAUCAGUUUAUAUGGCUAUCAAAUUCAUUCUUAGGAGUACAGUUUUUGUUACUUCUGCAAUAAGAAACUCUUGGAGGUUUCCACUUUUCACACAGUUUAGAUCAAUGACGACAUCACAAUACUUUGGAUCCAGCCAUAAUAGCUGUGUUACCAUUUUCAAUUCUGCUGUUGAAGCUGUUCUUCCUGAUAGAAUGAUACAAAAGCAUGUUGUGUUCUCUGAAAAGGACAACUUACUAACAGUUGCUGAAAAGUCAUUUAAGGUAAAUAAGAAUGUCUAUAUCAUAGGAUUUGGCAAAGCAGUGUGUGGUAUGGCUGCAGCUGUUGAUGUACUUUUAGAGAAGAAUAUUGUAAAAGGUAUUCUCAGUAUUCCUUUUGGAAUGCAACAAACAUUAAAAAAUUCUGGGAAAAGUUCUCUAUUACCAACUUCAUCUCAGAUUUUAUUAUAUGAAGGUGCAGCAGACAAUGUUCUAGAUGAAAAUGCCCAUGCUACUGCUUUGAAGAUUCAAGAACUUGUAUGUGCCUUACAGAGUUCUGAUAUUCUGAUUGUCCUUAUAUCUGGUGGUGGUUCUGCCCUUCUACCAACACCGUGUCUUCCAAUAACGCUUGAAGAAGAAAUCAUUCUGACCAAACUCAUGUCAUCUCAUGGAGCAACAAUAACACAACUUAAUACAAUCAGACAGAAUAUUGAACAUUUGAAAGGAGGUGGCCUUGCUCAUCUUGCUUAUCCAGCUCAGGUCAUUUCUUUGAUUUUAUCAGAUGUGAUUGGUGAUCCUCUUGACAAAAUUGCCAGUGGUCCAACUGUAUCGCAAACCUCAGAGCCACAGGAUUGUUUAAAAAUAUUUGAUCAUUUGAACAUUUCUCACAAGGUCCCAAAAUCAGUCUUUGAAGUGUUACAUGAAAAGCAAUUGGAAUAUGAAAAGAACAGAAGUAAAUUCAAAAGAAUGAAUGCCUCGAAAGUUUUUAAUUUCAUUAUUGGAAGUAACAGUAUUGCUGUGGAAAGUGCUCAGAUGAAAGCUGAAGAACUGGGAUAUCAAAGUAUUGUUUUAUCUACAUAUCUCGAAGGUGAAGCUAGAGAUGUUGGUUGUCAUUUUGUAAACCUUGCCAUCUCUGUUUGUAACCAAUAUAUCAACAAGUUCAUGGCUAAAAAGUUAAAUGAAUGCGACUUUCCAGAAUUUUCCAACAGUAAACUAGAUGAGCUGAAAAUGUUAAUUAAAUCUGCUGCUUCAAACUCAAAUCCAAUCUGUAUUUUGUGUGGGGGUGAAACCACAGUUACUAUGAAAGGAAACGGUAAAGGUGGCCGGAAUCAAGAAAUGGCUCUUUCAGUUGCUGUUAUGUUGCAACAAAUAUUUACUAAUGAUUUAAAAAGGAAUUUAUAGUUGAAUUCCUCAGUGCGGACAGAUGGACAAGAUGGUCCUACAGAUGUUGCUGGAGCAAUGGUAUCAUCUGAGAUGGUUGUAGAAAGUUCUGCUAAAGACUAUUUGAAUAACAAUGAUUCUUAUAAUUUCUUUAAAUCAUAUUUAAAUGGUCAGCAUUUUGUUUGGACCGGUCUAACAGCAACUAAUGUGAUGGAUAUCCAGUUAUUAAUAAUUAAACGUAAAAAGUAGAAAUCAGGAUAUAUUUGAAAGUGUCAGCAUUUGCUUGGCCAAUUAAAUGGAAAUUAACAUUAUUAGAAUACAUCAGAUUAUGAUUCACCUUUUAAGGGAACAAAUAAUUCACCUUUUAAGGGAUCUUUGUUUCUAGUCAAAAGAUUUUGAUAAUUAAGCAAAUAUAAAAAUCAAUGACAAAAUUUGAAGACAUUUGAUAAAAAUUAUAUUAAAAAA